GCCAAAUGGACACGCAGGGAGGGCCUGGCCGGGGCCUGCAGGGCGGGGCCGCGCUCGGGCCGGAGCCAGGGCCAGGCUCCCAGGAUGUUCACCCCGAGCUCCCGGAACUCCGUGAGCCCCGUGCUGCUGCUGCUGCUGCUGGGCUGUGUCCUGUGUCCCCCAGCACAGGCCAGCAAGAGCUCUGAGGACAUUCGCUGCAAGUGCAUCUGCCCCCCGUACCGCAACAUCAGCGGGCACAUCUACAACAAGAAUGUGUCCCAGAAGGACUGCAACUGUCUGCAUGUGGUGGAGCCCAUGCCAGUGCCUGGCAAUGACGUGGAGGCCUACUGCCUGCUCUGCGAGUGCAAGUACGAGGAGCGCAGCACCACCACCAUCAAGGUGAUCAUCAUCAUCUACCUGUCUGUGGUGGGGGCCCUGCUGCUCUACAUGGCCUUCCUGGUGCUCGUGGACCCCCUGAUCCGCAAGCCAGACCCCUACACCCAGCCCCUGCACAAUGAGGAGGACAGCGAGGACACUCACUCCCUGGCCGCAGUGCCCGGCCUGCCUGGCGCCAGGGCCAACACGGUGCUGGAGCGGGUGGAGGGGGCGCAGCAGCGCUGGAAGCGGCAGGUGCAGGAGCAGAGGAAGACGGUGUUCGACCGGCACAAGAUGCUGAGCUAGGCCCUGCCGCACCAGGACAGCCCGGCGUCGGAAUGGAACCUCCAGCCCUCCCUGAUCCACCGGCUCCAGAGGGAGCAGCAGCCCCAAGGCUUCCCUGGUGGUGUCCCCUGCCCUUCCCCUGCCCAGCCACGGGGCCCCUGGGCUCUGCUGCCAUGGGACUCCAUCAGCCCACCCCACAGGGACAGGGGCUGGGAGCAGAGCGCUGGGAGCUGGCUGAGUCCUCCUGGGAUAAAAAUGGUGGGAGAAUUUUGAUGUGGGAUAAAUUAUGUGAUGUUUCUCCAGGAUGCAGCAACCGCCUCCUCCUCCAGUAUGCACUGAUGGUCCUUGGGCAUUGUGGUGCUGAGCCACACAGGAACAGUACAGGAACAAAGGGAAGGGGGUUUCUGCCAGUGCACACUGCUGCUUCUGCUUAUCCUGAUGUAAAUGGAGAGAUUUCCAUGCCUCUGGAGUCUGUCCAGGUUUACACCAGCAUAAUUGAGACUGCAGCUUGCCUCUGGGCAUGUGAAUAUCACAAAACCUGUUAGUACCUACAUCAGUAAGAGUCCAACAGGUAAAAAGCUGAUUUACAUUUCUAUCUUUUUGCGCUUUACCCAUAGAUAAAAACUUCCUGGGGUGAAACUUCUUGAUUUGUACCCACACUGGUGACCCUUGGUGUUCUCCCACAGUGGGCAGCAGCAUUUGUGUCCAAGAGAACUGGGGCAAAGGCUCUUCUGGAGCACUGGAAACACCUUUCAGGGCCCUGGGAAGCGGACAUUUGUGCCACUCAGAACACUCCAAGAGCUCUGACAGGACUUGGGCUGUGUGGAGGAAGCUGCAGUGGUUCUGCCAUGUGUAUUGAUCCCACUGAGAAUAUUUGAAGUUUAUGGUGUAGCACCUCCAUAUUAAAUGCAAAGAUCUA